AUGCGUCCAAGGAGAAUGCGCAACGGGUCCCUUCUUCCGUCCUCGUCCCUUCUUGCAACUACCGACUUUACCCCAUGUGCAUUCGCAAUGUUGCACGGCGCACCGCAUACCGUGUAUAUGAACGAUCGGGAAAGGAAGCGAGGCCCAGAUGAUGCGUUGAAUCAGUUGUUUGACCGUCUGGUCGGCGACGAGGACCGAGCAGCAGCUGGAGCCGGAAAACCCGUCGAGGCCAUCGGCGCCGAAGCCGCCCAAGCGUAUAUCUCCUCCAUGGGCGCCAAUAUCGAAAACGUUGAAGCUUUUGUGGUCCUCGAGAUCGUCCGCGCCGACUCCAUCGGCCAAAUCACUCGCCAAGGUUUUGUCGAGGGGUGGUCCUCCAUCUACCUCGAUCACCGCAUUCCCGCAGACCAGGCCCACCACAGAAACUACGUUCGGAUGUGCAUCCAAAACCUGCCGCAAAACCCGGCUUACUUCAAAAAAGUCUACCAGUUCGCUUUUGGCCUGGGUAAGGAACCUGCCCAAAAGGCACUGGAGAAGGACGUUGCCUUGGUAUUCUGGGAUUUGUUUUUGGGCACCGAGUCUUCAGAUACAGGACUAGGACCGAGGCCGUGGAAGAGCAAGAACGUGGAUUGGCUGGGUGCGUGGAAGCGGUUCCUGGCGGAGAAGUGGACAAGGAGCGUCAACAAGGAUAUGUGGAACCAGACGCUGGCGUUUGCGGAGAAGACGAUGGUGGAUGAGACGCUCGGGUUCUGGAACGAGGAUCAGGCGUGGCCGGGCGUGAUUGACGAUUUUGUGCUUUGGUGCAGGGAGCAGGGGAUUGCCAAGGCGCCUGCACCGGGGGCAGCAGGAGGGGAGGAGAUGGAUGUUGAGGAUUAUUAGAAAGUUGGUCGUGAGCAUCCGUGGGAGGAGUGUAAGGAUGAAGUCAAGUGGGUGGAUGUGGUUAUACGGGGGGAGCCUAUGAGGAUGUUAGUGAGGACUCAUUCGCCUUGGCGAAGGGAGGAUAAGAGGGGUUAAGGAGAGAAGCAGUGAGGGCCAUGCUAUUGCCAGCGGAUGGUGGGAAGACUUUGGGGGCUCUCAUGGCAGUCUGGCUUGCAUCUAUCAUCUCUGAUGAGGUUUCUACCAUUGCGGUAGAGCGGCGCAUCGAAAGACCGGAGGUUGAUUCACGAUGAGCAAAGAAUACAUUUACACAGCGCAUUUCCGGAUACACAAUACCG